AGUUUCUCUCUCGCUGUAUCCCUCUCUUCAGGCAGUUCAUUGACCUGCCCGUCUGUCAGUGGCAAAUAGUUUGGGUGAUCGAAUAAUAAUAAAAUAAUUUGUAUUCUUCCUGGAGUUCCUCUUCACAUUUCUGAUCAAUCAAUCGUAUAGCAUCAAGAAAUAGGAUAUGGGGAUUUAGAAAGGUAUUUCUCAAGGGAAAAAAAUGCAAUUCCUUAAAAUCAAAAUCUGUUGAUAUUCAGUUUAUUUUAUGGUCAAGAUCACUAUAUUUGAUGUGGGUUCUCGGUUUUCCCUUAUUUGAUACUGUUCUCGAUCGGAUGCUAGGUUACACUGUUGUCUGCUGAAAAUAUUUGUCAUUAUUUAGAUCUUUUGGAGAUUUCCAAACGUCUGUUGAAGAUUAAUAUGAAAAAUUGAGGUGGGAUUUUGUUAAAUCCAUUUAUCAAUGGCAUUACAAGAUUGUAUUGAGCUUAAAUUCAGGCUGGCAGAUGGUACUGAUAUUGGGCCAAGUAAAUAUAGUCCGGCAACCACAGUGGCAACGCUCAAAGAGAAGAUAAUUGCAGAGUGGCCAAAAGAUAAAGAAAAUGGUCCAAAGACUGUACAUGAUGUGAAACUCAUAAAUGCUGGAAAGAUACUGGAAAACAACAUGACACUUGUGGAGUCAAGACUGCCAGUUGGUGAACUUCCAGGAGGUGUCAUCACCAUGCAUGUUGUUCUUCGUCCUCCCAUGCCAGAUAAAAACAAUGAUAAGUUGAGGAAAGAUUCUACAAAGAAGACAGGGUGCUCAUGCUCAAUCUUGUAGUUGCAAGUGACCAAAAUUGCUGACUUCUAUUAGGCUGGGGUGGUUGACUUUUCAAGCAUUUAGGUAGAUGAUAGUUGAGAUGCAGUUGAGAAACCUUUCAUUUUCCGUAAGUCUGCAUCAUUUGGUUUCGUUAAAGCUUUGUCUGUUUGUUUCAGCAAUGUCUAGUUUCAAGUGGUCUCGAAAGCUGAAGCAUGGAGGAGGACUAAGACUCUUCUGCUGCUUUGUCUUUGAUUUCCUUGGAAAAUUACUCCUUAGAUCCUCCAUUAUCUGUGAAUGCAAAAUGGAACCAAUACCAGUAAAUUAGAAGUUGAGUUCAUUGGAAUUGCAUCUUCCAAAAAAAAUGGUAAAAGGGGGGAAACGGCAGUUAUAGAGGACAUGAUAUUUUCGAUUUGAUUUGUUUGUAUAUCUCUGACAGCUUACAAAAGGUACAGAAAGUAAAUUUUCAUCUGAAGGGUGAUGUUUGUAUUUAACUUCAUAAUUUCAUUUGAUCACACUCGUGAUGCUUCUGAAAUGCCAGUGGUUUCUGA